AACGAAGACGGGGCGAGGGUAUGCAGGCACUCACACUUCAGUCGGAUUUAGACACGUGGAGGGUUCGGUCCGUUUGGGUCUAAGGGAGAGGCUUACAGGGCACACCGCAGGCCUAAAGUGAACGGCGCGCACCAUGCUAGCAGCGGACGCCCGUCAGAACCAUGUGGGCGUGGGGACCCGAUUGGCAGGUGUGGUGCAGGGCUACCGUCCGCAGGUGGACUGGGGGGGCGACUCCGGCUCAGCAACCAUCGUCGUCGGGAAACACAACGUCAGGGUCGCCACUUCCGGCUGGCGUCGACGGUGCCUCUACACGCUGCUUCUGACUCUCAUGGCGCUGUCGGUCGUGAAUCUGUCCCUCACGCUCUGGAUACUCAAGACCGUUUACUUCAAUGUGGAGGGAAUGGGGUCUCUCCACGUGGUGACCGGAGGAGUCGAGAUGUCCGGAGCAUCGGAUCUUGCGGGGAAGCUGACAGCCGGCCGCAUCCUGAGUCGAGCGAAGGAAGAUCUUAACAUCAGCGGCUAUUAUAAUCUGACGGUCUUUACGGCUACAGAAAAUGUUUCCGAUUCGACGUUCCUGACACUCGGAGUGGACGACGUAGUGGCAGGAGCAAAGUCGCUGACGAUACAGGAUAACGAAGGCCACACGCUUUUCGAGACAAGUCCUGAGGGUACAGCCGUAGGUGCCGACACGCUGACUGUUACAGGCAAAGACGGGGCCACGUUCAGCGGCUCUGUGGAAACCCCGCUCCUCUUCGCCGAGAACAUCCAUGAACUUCGCGUGGAGAGCGUGACGAGGGACGUCCGUGCGGUGGCGGCGCAGGAGGCGCGUGUGGAGGCGAGGGACGGCGACAUCUCCACGACUUCCCUUCGUGACAUCUCCCUCGUGGCGCGUCAGGGUCUCAUUCACUUCGAUAACCCUUUCAUUUCGAUGCCGAGGCUCCCUGUGCACGGGGACGAGGCUUUCCUGAAGGAGGGGCUGCAAGAGGAGGAGGAGGAGGAGGAAGAGGAGGAGAAGGAGGAAAAGGGGGGAGAUGGAACGACUUCUGUGCCGAGGAUGACGACUGUGAUGCCGACAGAGUCGCAGGUACGACCUCCUUUACCGGAUGCCCUUCCAGCCCCCACCACCCCUCUGACGCCCACUACGCCCUCACAAGAGUCUGGCCAAGUUGAAGUAUUUCAGGUGUGCGUCUGCCCUAACGGAAAGCUGUUCGUUGUUGCAGUUGGCUUCGUUUGCGUUACGGAUGAGACAGUCUGCCGUUAAAACACCUUCUAUGGCGAAGGGAUUUGCGUGCGUCUAGGGGGGAGAAGGAGGGAGUGAGGGAGGGAAGGAGGAAGGAGGA